AUGCUGGGCGCAUCCGCAACCCAGUCUCAAAAGGCAUUGCCGCCUCAGCAAUCUGCGUCCAGUGUCAAUACCCUCAAUCCCAGGCCGAGUUUCGAGCGGGAGCCCAGCGGUGGUGGCCUCCAGCCACCUCUCGCAUCUGCAAAUGGCCCGAGGAGUCUGGGCGCCUCUGGCGUCAGCUUCGCCCCGCGAGGCUCCUCGCUCAACCCUUCCAUCGCCCCAGGAAGCUUCAGUUCCGAGCUGCGCAGCCAGAUGAUGCCCUCGCGCUCAGGCUCACGAGGCGAUAUAUACGCCAUGGAUAAGGUCGACGAGGAUGACGGCGUCUCUGCCGCCGAGCAGACGCUCGCCAACCUCCGAGAACAGCUGAACCGCGAAAUGAAGAUCAAGGAUGGCAGCGAGAACAUGCUAGAGGCCUUGAAUGCGAAGAAGGCGAAGCAGACUAAGGAGCAGAGAGCAAAAGUCGAGGCUGAACUCAAUGCAUCCAACCAGAGAAUCAAGAUCUUGCGACAAAAGAUCGCAGACGCCCAGAGAAUAAAGGCCACACCCACCACGCCUACGAGGCAACGAGCCGACGGCCUCAUCUCCAGUAACGGCCUCCGUUCGCCCCCUAGUGUGUCGCGCAGCGGCGCAGGAUCAGACGCUGAAGAUGCCGCCGAGCAAUCGCCUACCUUCCUCCUGGCUGAACUGCUUCAGGCGCUGGAACAAGAGGGCAUGCCCCCGGAGUACUACGUCAGCCGAGGGAACAGCCUUGUGGACUUGUUCAGAAGGCAUCCGACCCUAAAGUACGACCUGGUGUGGUCUGUUUUCGGUUCACGCAUGCAAGUCAUGCUUCUCAGCGAGGCCAGGGAAGUGGUGGCUGCCGGCUACCGUAUGGUCCGCUACGCCAUCUCAGAUGUGUCUUCCUUGAAGAAGAUCCGCAGCUUAAACACCGACAUCAUUGUUGUGACAUCUCUUAUUAAGGACCGAAAGGCAGACCUCGAGCGCGAACAAGCUCUCAAGUUUGUCCGCGCCUUUUUGGACGUCAAGGAUGGAGCCAAGGAGAUUUCAAGAGCUGUUGUACGCACAAUAGCGGCAGUCGCAGAGCAAGCUGAGGACCGCUUACGGUCAAUUUGCCUAGAGACCUUGGCUGAGAUCAUGCUCCGCGAUCCGGCCCUGGCAGUAGCAUCUGGCGGUUUGUCGCCUCUGUCAGAGGCGCUGAUCGAAGGAACCUACAAAUCACCAGAAACGCUCACAGCCUCUUACCUGCAGAUUCUGGACAACCCGCAAAAGAGGAUUUACCUGCGCUCCGGCUAUGACCUGGAGGUCCUUUUUACGGCCUUUACAGAUAUCAUCCUCGCCAACGAGAGCCUAUUGAAGCAAAACUCUAAAGCCAUCACCAAGAUUUUGAAGAGUUGGCCAGGCCUCAUGAUACUUACUAUGCAUGACUCCCGGGCUAUCAAGUCCUUGCUUACGAGUAUGGUUCUUCCACAACCAUCUAUUCGGGAGACCGUGAUUGAUCUCGUUUACCUGCUGCUUCGGAUCAAAUCACCAUCGUGGGCCUCUUCGUUCCUUGCUGGCCGCCGAUUGACGACCUAUGGACGGGUUGCCAGCCUCAAAUCCAUGCCAAACCAACAAACGCCACUAUCAAAUUCGAUACCGCAGGAGGACGACAACGGGGAGCAAAACUUCAUGGAUCACUACACAGCUCUUCUCCUCGCAACUUUCGUCAAGGCCGGCCUGCUCGAAAAUUUGCUCCAGGUCGCUAAAACCAGCGAGCCUGCGCUGACAAGAAAGACUUGUCUCCUCAUCGGUGAGGUGCUCAAAUUGGCAAGCAGACUCCUUCCUUCGUCAUGGAGCAACGAUUUGCCUCUGCUUCCGGACCUGUUUGCCGCGGCCACUCAGUUCAACGAUGACAAUAGAUUCAUUGCCUCGGGCAUAGUCUAUCAAAUCAGCUCAGUGAGCAAGACGCUUUAUAGGAGUUCGUCGUCAUCCGCGACUGCUGGCACUCUGCCCUCGAACGACAGUAUGGGGAACCUUGCCGAUAUGCACCGCAAAAGCAACGCCGGAAUUGUGGUUCAAGAGGGCGCAAUCCGACAGCUUCUAGUCGAGUCUAACGUCUUGAACAGCUCCAACUACAUGAAGUGGAACUGGGAUGUCAUUUCACGAAUAAUUGACGGCCCCCUCCAUGAUGGUAAACGCCUGGACGAAGUGAACAGGGUCUCCAAGUUUAUGAACAGGAUCAUGAGUUUCUAUAGGCCCUUUAAGCAUCGAUUCUCAGAUCUGACAAGCAACAAGAACACCCAGAAGUACGUCAGAGUUGGCUGUGCACUCAUGCACACUCUGCUUCAGUCCCCAGAAGGCGUCGACUACCUGCAAGACCACAAACUGCUUAGACAGAUUGCUGAGUGCCUUGCGCAAUGCGACCCGAGCAGUGGGCUCACGUCAGCAGACCCCAUGUUCUCGCCAGGUCGCCUCCAGAGUACUCUUUGUGCCGGAUAUUUCCCCAUGUUGGGGGUACUCAGCGGCGACCCUAAAGGUCUAGAGCUCCUUCAGCGCUGGCGAAUGUUCAACAUGAUGUAUCAUAUCCUCGGACACAAGCAGCGCCCUGAUCUGAUCAAGCUGCUUUUAUCCAACUUCGACUACAGCAUACCAGGGCAUCACCGGGUACUUAUCGAACAGGCACUGACCUCCGGAACGAGGGAAAUACGCAUUAUAGCAACGAACGUCCUCCGAAAGUAUGCUACUCGGCCAUUCGAUGCAGCACAGCCAUCCCACGGCAAGGUGGACUGGAAAUGGGCGAUUGAGAAGUUGGUCGAUCAGCUGUACGACCCCGAGGUGGAAGUGUGUCGGACCGCGGUUAAGAUCCUCGAGAAGGCGUGCAAUAAGAAGGCAUACCUGGAGUACGUUGUUCAAUGCCGUCCGACUAUGGACCACCUGGGCGAAAUUGGCGCCCCUCUCCUCCUUCGAUUUUUGUCGUCCUCUAUUGGCUACCACUACCUCGACGGAGUUGACUACAUUAGCAACGAAAUGGAUGACUGGUUUCUGGGUCGGAACGACUCGUAUGUUGGGGUUAUAGAAACCAGCCUGGCCAAGGCAUUCCUCGAGAACCCCGAGGAACACCAGAAUCGGCUAAACAUGGUGGAUGAGGCCCAUGCUGAAGCCGAACCGGAGAACCAUAUUCCCCCGCAUUUCUACCGAGAGCUUGCCCGAACAGAGGAAGGCUGCAAGCUUCUCAGCGAUAAAGGGCACUUUGCGGAAUUCGCCAGCACGAUUAAAGAAUACGGAAUGCAAUCGGAAGACCCCGAGCUUAUGCUUAAAGUCAAAGCAUCUAUGUGGGCGGUUGGCAACGUCGGCUCAAUGGAGUUGGGGGCGCCCUUCAUCGAGUCUUGCGAUGUCGUCGAGGACAUCAUCAAGAUUGCAGAAGAGCAUGAGGUGAUGAGCCUGAGAGGCACGGCUUUCUUUGUGCUUGGUCUGAUUUCUAGGUCCGCUCAUGGCCUGGAGAUACUAUCGGAAUGCGGAUGGGACUCCAAUCUAUCACCCAGAGGAGAAUCGUUGGGCUUCUGCAUUCCAAAUAACUUGACCAAGUUCUUCUCGUUCAAGCCAUGGAAGCACGCCAUUGCAUCCAAGAUCGCAUUGCCCGAUACACAAAAGACUUUCUUAACCCCGCCGCCUCCUACCGAGGCUCGUCCACCUCUGGAAAAGGAGGAGUUGCCAUCCUUUGCUGACGAAGCCGCCAUCAAUCAGCGAAUCCUUGACCUCGUUGUUGAUCUCGGCAACAUGGUUCUCUACAAACGCGCUAUGGGCGAUUUGAUGCAAAUCAGGCAGCAUAAGGUGGCAGGCUUCAGAUGUCCCAAGAUGUUCAAGCGCGUGAUGACGAUGCUUGAAUAUAACCAUUAUCGUCUGCCGAUCAGGCGAAUGGUAAUUGAAAUGUUCGACAAGAGCGUGCUCCGACGAAUCGUGUUUGACCAAGACAGCGACAGCGACGAUGACGAUGACGAAGAUGACGACGACAGAGAGGAGGAGGAGGAGGAGGGAGGGGAGGAAAAUGAGGCUGGGGAGAAUGUGUCUUCGUCUGGAGACGAGAAUCGCACCGAGAGACAGAGAAGCAUCUCGGAUCCGUCCGAGCUAGAGAAGGAAACUCCUGCGACAAGGACGGAUCGGUCGGACAGCCAUAGCUCGGUCGAAACAGAUGAUUCGGUCGAGACUGCGUAG